GUUCAUUCAUAGGUUAACAAUACUUCAGCUAUGAAGUCGUGUGUAGUAUUUAUUCUGGCUAUCAUUAGCACAGGUUAUUCGCUCGGCUCCGGUCCAUAUUUACCGAGCGGUUGGAGACCUAAAGGAGCAGCUUUUUUACUACCCUCGGAAGUUGAGAAGACAGAAGUUCAACAGGAAAGUAACGAAGAAACUGAAGCGGUUGGCACUGAAGAGCUCAGAGAAUACGGACCUCCAGCUCCUCAAGACAUAUUUCAAUCUAUAACCAAACAAGCGCUACCCGACCUAUACACGGAGAAAGCUUUCGCUGCCGAAAAUGAAGAUCUCGGUGAAGAACACAACUGUUUUGAGACUGAAAGUGUUAGCGAAACUGUAGAUAUUGCUGAAAUUCCGGAAGUAAGAUCCACUGAAACAGACACUGCCGAUAUCGUUGUCAAAACUGAUGAUGCCGAAGUGAUUAUAGAAGUCACUCCUGCGGUAGUGGCAGAAAACAUCACCGAGGGGAGCUUCGAAAAUACUUCGUCGGAUAUUGAAGUUUCCGCUGAUGUUGCGACACCAAACGAAGAGUUGGAAACGAUUCAGGUCACAGAGCAGAAUUUUGCUAACGAUGCGGUUGUAUCUGAUGAAUUGGUGAUACUGAAAGUCGCCAGUGAAUCUUCCAAGGAAAGUGUGCUGGAAGAUGUAGUUGAAGAGACAAAUGUGAGCUCAAAUGAAUCUGAAGGUGUUGACCGAGCCUUCGUUGGAUUCCGAGAGUAUGGCCCUCCCAAGCGUAACCUUAAUGAAGAUGCAUCAGAAUCUAAAGCGAUAGACGCCAACCAAAUUAGGAAAAGGAGAUUUUCGACAAAAUUUCUGAAGAAACAUUGAUGGAGAGUGGCACUUAUACUUACCAAAAAUAAGUGUGAAAAAUACUUAUUGCACGACAAACAUACUUUUGCUUAAAUGAUGAUACCUCUGUAUAUUAUGUAAGAAUACAUUUCACUUAUGUGGAUUACUUAACCAAAAGUGUGAAGAAAGAAAGAAAAACUGUAAAGUGUGACUAAUUGUGACCAGUAACAUGCAUUUUUAUACCAAUUUGAAAUUUGUAUGAAAAAAACUUAGAUGGUCCCUUUUAGCUAUCUCUUUUAUUUCGAUUAAAUUGAAAUGAUGACUUUAAAAGAA